CUCAACGUUCACAAACAAUGCAAAGGCGAUUGUCCUCGGCCUUGUUUCACCUCCCUCCCAGGCGCUUGAUUCUUUCUUUGACAAGAACUUCCCGCAGCUGCUCGACUCCUGCUCCUCUCUGCGUUUCACCAACCUCGACAUGCAGAUAUAGCUCUAUUUCCCAAAAUGACAAGCAAAACAAACGCACCCCGUCCCGAGAAUCGUUUUCCAACCCAAAGCCUACUUUGAAACCUCCAAUUGCGAGCAGAUCGGUUUGGAAUGACUUUGUUGAGGCCGUGCAACAGCGGAAUCCAGAGCAUGCUGGGACGCCUAUCAGGCCCUCUAUCAAGAUAGACAGCAGCGAGGAAGUAUCAACCGCAAGGUGACACUGCAAUUACUCAAGAUCUUGACGAAUUCCAAUCAAGAUCCCAAAUCUAUCUUGGAAAAAUUGCGAAUCGUUCUCCAAAAUGCUCGCGAAAUGCGGCGUCCGCCUAGUUUGAAAGAAUAUGAGAUUAUAUCUGCUGCUCUGACCAAAGGAGCAAUACCUCCAGAGUACCGAGGAGUUUUGAGCGAUAUGGAAGUUGAUGGGAUCACGCCUAAUGCCGUAGUUCUUUCUAAUCUUGUAAUGGGUAUGGCAAAGACCUCUAAUCCUGGAAGUGUGCGUGCGCUGAUGGGGGAGAUCACAUUUACCGGGAUGAAACUAGAGAAAGAGGUGUACAAGGUCGUUUUGUGUAGUCUCAUUAAGAAGGGAUAUACUGCUCAAGCUUUAGAGUUGUAUAACCGAAUCUGGCGCGAAGGCACCAGUCUUGAUGCCGACACAUAUGAAGGGCUGAUACGGGCUUUUGCAACAGCAAAAAAGCCAGCACUCAUGAUGCGUAUGUUCCGCGAUAUGAAGCACGCGGGAGUCGACAUGAGUGUCACAGUGUACGCAACGAUCGCCACAGCUCUGGCCCAAACUUCAGAGGUAGAAAAUGCACUGUCUUAUGCCAAAAAAAUCAUCGAAAAGCGCUCUGCGUUAACAAUGAGUGUCUCCUUGGCUCUGAUACCGCCUUUGGCCAAGCGAGGAAAAUGGAAGGAGCUCGAAUUUGUCCUCUACCGCUCUCUGUACAAAGAUCAAGAGGUGGGGGACCUCUUGGGGGCUUUGGUGAUCGGCAUGGCACAAGCGAAAGACGCCCAAGAAGCCCUCAAUGGUGGCAAGAGAUUAAUUGAAAAGUACUUGCUGCCCGGAAUGGCCGAUGCAAACGGACUGGCUGCCCGCCUAUGCAUGGACGGUCAUCUUGACGCGGCAUUGCUUAUCGACAAAUUGAUGCGUUGGUCUCUAAAGACGCCCACAAUGGAAGCAUAUCACCCGCUUGUCAAGGCGUUAAUCAAGGCGAAACGUUUCGAUGAACUCACACAGCUGCGGACACAUUUCGUUCGGGAUCUUCCUCCGUCAGAGUCGAGUAAUCUAUUAAACUUGCUGAUUGUCGCCUAUAGCGCUGGUCGUGAUGGCAGCUCCCUGGACACUUUAACGGGCGUUAUUCACCAGAUGAAAGAGCAUUCUCUGGUGAUAUCUGCCAAUGCGUACAAUGCCGCGAUAAAAGCAUAUUGCUCGCAAAAGGACUGGGCUAAUGCGUAUACAUUGUACGAGGAGAUGCGACUAUUGAAGGUCGAACCUUUGGCCACAGUCAAAUCAUCGGUCCUUCAGUUAGCGUCCGAAACAGGCAACUUUCUUUCGGGUACGACAAUAUACAAUGAUAUGACGGAAAAGCAUCGACAAGAACUGCCCUUGGCGCGCACAUGGGCGAUGAUGAUUUAUUUUGGACUGGAGAGAUGGGAUGAUGGGUUUGCGGUGUGGGAGACGUUGCGCCAAAUGCGGAAUCCUCCCAGGAUGGCCCUGAAGGCUGUGAUGGAGGCCGCCGCGCGGACCGGGCGACUUGAGGUUCUUUUGUCUCCCGUGCCUACCUCGUCUCUGGCUGUUCAACUGCCGACCGCCCCAGCAUUCGACGUUAACGAGCAUGAAGCGACCGAUGAAAUCGUGGUGCGACACGCAAAUGCAGACACGGGCGAGUGGAGCGACACAGCAGAACAACUCAAAAGUGAUACCGCCGAACACAGCGGUGCAAUAGAGGCUGCCCGAGAAAAGGCGGUCAUAGACGCUGCGACGCAAAAACCUUUAACCACCUCUCCCUCACCUACCCAAGAUAUCACACCUCCCCCUCGUCGAUACAUAUUCACACCGAUAUCUACCACCAAGCUCAUCGAUACUCUCAUCAAGACGGGCCGUGUCGAGUUGUUGCCGACGGUGAUUCGAUGGAUGAAAGAUACUAAUCGCAUAGCGACAUCAGCGGGACUCGAGAGUGCCUACGUUGCACUUGUCACAAAGGGUGGCUACGAAGCGAGUGUACGUGACGUAUUGGAUAUGUUGAAUAGACCCAUUCCUGAUGCUCUGUAGUGCUACUGUAUUCAC